GCUUCCUCUCCAACAUGGCGGGCGCGGGCUGCGUCUUCCACAGGACCCUGACGCGGUCCCGAUCCGGUCCCAACAAGGCGUCUCCGUCCUCUGCGGUCGUCUGCAGGGAGUUCCUGUAUGUGGUGGACCUGCAGCGUUACAGCAGAGACCAGGGCUUCCCGGUCUACUUCCCCCAGGCCGUCCUCAAAGGUGACGACUUGUACGACGCCACGCUGACUGAUGGAGAGUGCCGGCUCCGGGUGACUCUGGAUCCCAGUCUGAACCGGCUGGUGGAGAGGAAUAUCCUGCAGCCUGGGCUGGCAGUGAUGAACGCCACCUUCAGCACUGCCAUGACCGCGUGCCCUGCGGCCCCCGGAGAAAGAGACAGCUACAGGCUGGUGAGCGUGGAGGUCAAGGAUGAGGAUGAAGAUGGAGGGGUCAGGAGGUCAGAUGUGGACUGGGACUCUCUGCCCUGGUUUGGAUCCUCAGAACCUGAAGGGCCUUUGGUUCCUCUGAGAGCCAGCAGGAGCGUGUUUCUCCCUCUGUGGAACAAUGUGGACUACAGUGGAGAGGUGUGGAGGGAAGCUGCGCUCGCUGACCAGGAGGCGGCGGAUCAGGAAGAGGACGAAGAGCCAGAGGAAGGACGGCGUCCUGCUGUGACCAUAUCGGAGCUGCGCGAGUCUUUCCUGUAUGGUCGCCGGGCCGUUACCCGGGGCACCAUCCAGCGCGAGCUGAUUGUUCGCAUCAUCAACAAGUCUCACCUCAUGUAUUAUGGGAAAACAGACAGGAACUGUGAGUGCCCUUAUAAGGCGGUGCUGGAGGUGCGCGACCGUACAGGAAGUGUGUGCGUGGUGUUGUGGAACAGCGUGUGUGUCAGCUGGUAUCGCUGCCUCAAGCCUGGUGACAUCAUCAGCCUGAGACGCUAUCGAGUUAAACAGCAUUACCAGGCGGAGCUCGAUGACAUAGAGAUCAGUGUGAACAGCAGAAAUCCUGCUGCACGGAUUUCUGUUCUCCCAGAAUCCUCUGUUUCCCCUGACUGUCUGCCCCCCGCGCCCACCUACAGCUUCUACAACAGUAAGGAGCUCCUGGACCGUCCUAACGAUGCUCUGUGUGAUGUCAUUGGCCUGCUGACGUUCUCGGGACGACCGGAGCGAAUCAGGAGCAAGGACAGCAGAGGGGCGGAGCUUCUGGAGUAUCGCUGGCUGCGAUUAGAGGACGGGACGAGCGAUCAGCCAAUCAUGGUGAAGCUCUUCUCCACAUCUCAACCUGAAACCCACCUUAGGCUCCACCCACUGUCUGUGAUUGUGUGCACGCGGCUGAAGACGAUCAGGUCUUCAGAUCACAGCUACCUGACGAAUACCACAUACACACAGGUGUACUGCACAGGACUGGGCCACCACUCAGAGAUGAGUUACCGGAAGCUCCGCCCAGUGCGACAGUUCCUGCAGUGGCUGAAGAGCCAGGACGAUGAAGAGGUGCUGAGGAGGGCUCUGAUUGGAGGUUUCUUCAUCUACCCGCCUCCUCCCGUCUCCUUGGAAACAUACAUGAAGGACAGGAGAGGUGAGCUGGGUUUCCUGCGAGGGGCGGAGCUUCAGAGGGAGGUGGAGCGACUCAGUUACAGGGAGCGACACACCUUCUGUAUCCAGGCUACAGUCACCAUGGUUACUUACAGCUGCAGAGGAGAGGAGGAUCGCUGCUUGUUCUGGACAGACCGAGCUUCGUCUCUCUGCCCCUCCUCUUCAUCCUCUUCGCCCUCUUCUCGCAUCCCCUACCCUUCUCCCUCCCCCUCCCUCUCCUCCUCCUCCCUCCUCCCGCUUCCUUCCACCCCUCGUUCUUUCAGGCCUCCCCUCUCCUCCUCCUCCUCCUCGUCCCCCUCUUUCUCUCCGUCCUCUGCGGUCAGUAAGUCGACGCCUCGUACUCCGGAGCACAGAGCAGGCAGGAAGAGGAAGCAGCUGCUGCAGGCGGAAACGCCGACCAAGAGGUCAGUCCUGAGGGAAGCAGCGCCUAUACCCUAUCAGAGUCCCCGGGUCACCCUGCAGCCCGAACAGAAUAACAAGACGGUGAUUCUCUUUGAAGCCUCCAUGGAGUUCCUAGAAAACACAAACGCUGAUGACAACAAUGAUGAGGACGAGGACGAUGAAGACGCCUUGUCUUUCGUCACGGCCCCCGCCUUACCGACCUUCCCGCCCGUCGCUGUGGAGACGUUGCCGAUGCGUUACGACCACACCCGCAGGGAGGAGCAGGCAGCUGUGGUGGCGCUGGGUGGGAGCGUGAUGCCUGGGAGGUUUGACUCCACCCUCGAGGACUACUACAACCUGAGACUGCGAGCUCUGUCAGACGGAGUGCUCAUCGACACCAUCUUCCUCCCUCAUGCCUCGUCUUCCUCCACCUCUCCUCUCCUCCUUCCUCACUCCAACACCUGGACCUCCAUCUUAUCACAUGGAGCCUUCUCUUCACACACACCUCCACCCUCACCAGGUGACCUUAUCGCCAUGGCGUCCCAGCUGACCAAUCAGAGGCUGGUGUGCGUCCUGGAGGCGUGUCACCUGGGCGGAGCCUUAACCGAACUGGUCCUGAGCCGAGCCUUUCAGCUGACCAGCUGAUGCCUGACCAGAGCUGUGAUUACAUACUUAAAUUCUGUAGUAUUUAUGAGUAUUACACACUUUAUUGGGAGUUGUAGUUUUAACACUCAUUUUAACUACACUGUAAUCUCUCCACUGACAAAUUUAGACAUUUUUAUUGCACUUCUGUUUGUUCUUUGCUGGGUUUUUAUUUACAGUGAGCCAGUGGGACGCUGGGAGUUGUAGUAACUCUUUGUAAUAGUACUCAUAACUUAGAGUAAUGUUAGUAGUAUGUGUAGUAGUAGUGUGCACAGGAGGGUCAAAGUAUUAUUGUUUAGGGUUGUUUCUACACCUGGUUGUGCUUUUAUUGUGAAGAACACACUAACGUGUGUGUUGGUUCAGUUUGGACCGUGUUGUAUUUACAGUGUAAAAUGAUCUCCAGCGCCCUCUACUGUUCAGAUAUAUUCUUCCCUCUGAUAUUUUAAACUUGAACUUAUUGAAGCUUCUUAAAGCUAUAAAAAGAGAGAAGAGCUGAUUUUCUUUGCUUCCCACAGCUGCUGCUUUUUACUGUGAAAUUUCACUGUUUGUUUUUGUGCCCUAAAAAUGAACCGUUUACACUUUAAACGAUAUUUAGUGCCAGAAAGUGCCGUCCUCAUUAACUUAAUUGUGAUUGUUUUAGUCUUCCGUGAUGCGCAGCAUGUUAACAUUUAAUAUGUAGUUUGCAGAAAGCUCGCCGUUGUUCACUGAAUGUGCUUUGGUAAGGUUUUUAUACUUGAGGCAGAAGUAUUUAAGUCCCAAUAAAAUUUCCUCUCACCUGAAUGUUUUAAUGGCUGCAUUGUCCCGCUGAUGUGAUCUCCAAGGCCAUGAUGGCCCACUGAAGAUCUACAUCUCUGGAUAACCAUCAUGUGUAGUUCUGUUUCACAAUUUGAUUUUCGCAGAUUUGAGACGUCUGCAUCUAUGAGUUACCUGCCUUCUCAAAGUGUAAUAAAUAUUCUGGUAUUCCUAAAUGUAGCCCUGACAAACACAUUCCUUAUUAUAAUAAUAAUAAUAAUAAUAAUUAAAAACCUCAGCUGAAAACUGUAUUGAAACUGAAAUUAAUUAGAAAUUACAAACCUAUAAUCACAGAUUACUUGUCAAAAAGGUCACUUUUGUGGUUUUACUCAUAAUGUCGGUUAACCGCAUGAGGACAUCUGAUGGAGGCGAGCUGGGACACAAUGAACAGCUGUAUUCAUUCAUAGCAGAAGA